GCGCAAGGUUGACCACAGUGUGGGUGCGGACAUUGGCGGCGCCGCGUAGGCAUCAGGAGCACACUGUACUGUCAUAGCAGCCUGUGACCCCGCAGGCCGGGUUCAGGGACUCUCGAGGAACCCGGACGCCAGCCUGCAGUCCUCUCGCGUAGCUCGGUGACCCGGCAGGUAUAUCCAAUCUAGAGCGGCAACCUCGCCUAGCUGCACGGACAAUAUCAUCUCCUAGCCACCUAUCCGGGACCGGAGCUUCAGCUCUUGGUGUCACAGCCGCCAUGUCGUCGCAACAACCGGCUCCGGAUGCGAAUGCCGUGCCAGAAACGCAACUGGGCUUGACAGAAGAUCAGAUUGAACUCUUGCGACAUGGGCAGCAAGCUGUGGCCGCGGCAGGUGGCGGGUCGACCUCGUCACGCGCGGCAAGCCGCGCUUCGUCGCAAGGGCUGCUACUGAUGGAUACCUCGUCAUUAACCGCCCUGGGCCACCACUUCGACCGUGUCAUGCAGUCGAUACAGCAGCGGCUCGAGUACCUGAUGGAGCAGUCUCAAAUCGUGACACUGAGCGUCUACGACCACGCUGGAAACCUUAUCGACAAUGCUGACGCCGAGAUUGCGCGGUACCACGACAUCAUGGCCCAGAUUGACGAGCUCGAACUGGACUUUGACCGCAUUGCUCAGAUUCGCGAGAUUGUCCGGGGGUUUCGCCAGAGGGCCGAGGAGUUGGAACGCGAGCUGGAGCGGUCCGGCAGCGGUAGCAGCUCGAGGCGGCCGGGGGGGUCGUCCCGCCGCAGCCAUGGCCAUUCCAGCAGUACCGGGAAACGUCGGUCCUGAUAGGGCGUGCCAAUGGCGAGAUAAAUCACGCCGCCUAGGACUGGGGAAGACGCAGAGCUAUGGCACCUGGGAAGGCGGGAAGAGCAGCAUUGGCUCGGCAGCUGUGAGCUCCUGGAUAUCAUGCAUCGUUGGAUGCUCCGCAACUGGAAGAGAAAGAGAAACGCCCAUGUUCACGCUGGUAUACUAUCCUAAUCACACCAUUCACACAGGGCAAUAGGGAAGAAGAGGGGGGUGAAAAUGCGUGGGAAACCCCAUCGCGAAAGUCCACAGGCCCGCGGCUUGACCACAGCGGGGAUCAGCGGGGAUCAACAGGACCGCUAACUCUCCGUCUAGUCCCGCUUCUGACGAAGAACAAAGAAACAAAGCUAUGUGACGAGGGAGGGAAGAUCAUCAUAGCUUUUUUAUUGAGCGGUUUGCAUUCGACUUUCAUGACGGCGUCCCAAGAAGACAGGAUGGGCCUCGCGGCCGAAUCAAGACGGGAAAAAAACAGGUCUCGCGGCCUUAUGAAUCUUCAUUUCUUUUCCAUUUGAGUUCUCUCUCCAGAUCAGAUGUAUGGCUUGCUUUGAUCUUUCGGCGGUGGUCGUUUACCUCUGGUUUCUCUUCUGGUCUGCAAAAAAAGUAUGACUGAUUUUACGUUGUUAUGAAAGGGGGCAUGAUUCCAUCUUUUCCUGCUCUUCUUUACCAUAUCUCUGAUAUGUUCUCUCCAGGCCCUCUUCUGUUCAGUUUAUGAGACUUGGGUUCAUUUCUCUCGCGUCUUUCACGAACUAGCACUGCACGCUUGAGAGCGACAGGAUGUCCGACGUACGACGUACGACGUAAGAACACGGGACUGGUUGGUAUGACAGCUGUUUACUAAAUUUUGACGGGGUGUAUAUAGCAUAGAAUCUGAAUGAAUAUGAUUACUAGCAUGAUUGGCGCAGACUUUGCGAUGCCCGAAAGCGAUGAUGACAGUUACAACAACA